AUGCUCCGCAGUUGCCACCCUUACUGGCUGGCGCUUUUGCCUGUAGAUGCACGCAAUUGCGAAACGUUGCAUCGGUCAAUGCUUAACCAUAUUAUUACGGUAUCUAGGGAGAGAUAUACACUUUCUUCCUCUCUCUGUUUUUCCUUUUUUCUUUCCUUCUUUCUUUUUCUGUAUACAGCUCAGUUUUCAAACCCAACUCACUGCAACAGGGAUAUACACUUUCUUCCUCUCUUGGGUUUUCUUCUUUCUUUCUUUCUUUCUUUCUUUCUUUACACAAUUCAACUUGUAACAGAGAUAUAUACUUUCUUCCUCUCUGGUUUUCCUUUUUCUUUAAACGCAGGCUGUAUUCUCAGCGUACCAAUUUCUCUGCGUCUUCAAUUUGAAGUUAUCGAACAGGAAUACUUGUUCUUAUAUUUCUUGUCCGGAGUUGCCUGGGACGAAUCGGACAAGUUCCAUCAUUAUCAAAUGAGUCUUAUCUUUCCGUUCAUAAAUUAUCAGCGCCUCGAUUUCAGGUCUUGCUCCUUCAAAGUCAAGACAGCAACUGACUCCCAAGUAAAUUUCUGA